CUGGGCGAGAGCGAACACGGGUGCCAAGGCGCGCGCGAGCAGGCGAGCGGCCGUGCCCCUUUUGGUUCAACGAGGGGCGCCGCUGCCGCGAUGGCCCGCCUGGUGCCUGCGGUCGUCGCGUUCCUGCUCGCAGGCCAGCGCUGCGCAGCCACGGCGACAGCCGCGCCAACAGCAGCACCGACGACAUCCCCGACUGCUACGCCGACCUCAUCACCCACUGCUUCCCCCACAGUGGCAUCAACAGUAGAGCCGACUGCGGCACCAACGAUUACACCGAGCUCUGCACCGACAGCAGCACCGAGUUCUGCACCGACAGCAGCACCCACCGCUUCCCCAACACCAGUACCGACGCUUCUGCCGACCGAGGCACCAACUGCUGCGCCGACUGCACCACCAACGAGUGCGCCGACAGCUGCACCAUCUUCCGCUCCGACUGCAGCACCGACUGCGCACCUGACCACUGCACCGACUACUGCGCCGACCGAAUCACCGACCGUUUCCCCAACAGCGGUUCCCUGGCCACUUACUUAUGAUGGCAUGGAGUGUUGCGAUGGUUUCGAUUGCGGUCAGAGCACGCUGCUCGGCGAUGUCAGCUUUGCUGUGUGCCAGCAGGGUUGUACGCAACAAGCCGGAUGUAUCGGCAUCGAAUAUGGCAAUGACCGGUCUGAUGCGUUUGACCGAUGCAGUGACAGCAAUGUGUGCACUUGCUACUUAGUGACCGGAUCGUGCCAAGACCAGCUCGCUAAUUUUGGUUACAGUUACUAUGCCAAUCCAUCGGCCACGACCAGUACGACCACGACGACGGCGACCGCUACCACAGCCACGAACACAACUAGGACCAAUACGCACACAACGACGACCCGCACGAACACGACGACCCUUACGACCACGACGACCUCGGCCUCGGCCACGACGACCCGCACGACCACGACGACGUCGAGCACUACCACAGCCACGAACACAACUAGGACCAAUACGACCACGGUCACACCCACACAUUCGACCACGGGCACUACGACCACGACGUCAACUAGGACCAAUACGACCACGGUCACACCCACACAUUCGACCACGGGCACUACGACCACGACGUCGGCGAGCACACCCAGCACGAGUACCACCUCGAGCGCCAGCAUGAACAGCACCGAAGGUGCGGAGGAGAACGUGAGAAAUGUGUCGGAUGCGAACAGCGUCAUCGCAGAAGAUAGUUGCGUGAAUGACGGCGGUGGGACGUUCGGCUUGCCUGGUCUCCUCUUCACGGUGCUGCUUCUGGUGACUCUUGCCUCGCUGGUGCUGGCGUGCCGCGCGGAUGAGCGGUGGGCCCGGCGGUACCCUGCGGACAGCAGGCCUGUCUUUGCCUGCGACGGGGCCGCGUGCGACAGACAGCCCAGCCUGAUGGCAUAUCUCUGCUCACAGCUCGCGAGCCUUGCGGACCCCGCCUGGAUACCCCAGGAGCUGACCUACUGCGCGCUCGCGCGCGAGGAGCACCUGGCGCUGGGGACCGUGCGCGCGGUCGCCGAGGCCUCGUGGCGGUGCGCUCUCCACUCCUGCGGCACGGGGCGUGCGGCUUCCGCGGGCGCGGUGUCGAUGGCCCCGGCCCACGGCGUGGCCGGCUGGGAUGCCGUCAAUCAACAGGUCGGGGCCCCAGAGACGCCGCUGCUCCCCUCCGAGAGGGCGCUGUCGGUAUGCGACGCGUUCUGGCGCUCGAGCCUCUGCCGGAGACUGUGGGUCGUGUUCCUGGCGCUGAAUCCACUGCUCCGCUGGCGCCGCUACAGCAUGUUCGUCUCGAGCCGCACUCGCCUGCUGGUCGUCGCAGGGGAGGUGUUCGGCUCGCUGGUCGUGAUCGUGCUCUACCUGGGCAGCGAGUGCGAGUCGGGCGUUCCGCUCCUGGAGGACAUCUUGCUUGGCGCCCUGGGCGCAGUUUUCUCCGUGCUCCUCCUAGUGCCAGUGCAGCUUGUGCUUCUGCGUCGCGGGCUCGCGUGCCGGCAGCCCAGAGGUCAAGACACCCAGGAGGUCCGCUCCGAGUUUUCCUGCCCGAGGCCGCCGAAGACCGCGACGGACGCGGUGCUGAUCGCCUACUUGCUCUUUUGUGCUCUCUAUUUGGGGCUCUCCGUCGCCAGCGCUGGGCCGACUACGGGGACGCGCGCGGCGGUCUCGGGCGCCAGCAGUGCGCUCGGUAUGGUCGGGCUAGUUCCAUUUUGCAAGGCUGUUCUCUUAUCGGUGGGGGCCGCAUUACAGCAGCGGAGAGAGCCUGGCUCGUUGGACGCAAUCAGAAAGCUACUGCGUACGCUCAGCGUUUCCAGCAGGCGCGAGGAAAGAAUUGGUGACGCCAUCCUGAAUCGUGGCUCUGUUACCGCUGAGCCAGAGGAGCCGCGGAAGGAGGAGUUGCGAGACAUGCUGGACGCGGUGGCGGCCGUUGCCAAGAACAUUUGGUCCGCGCUGCAGACCUUUGCGGGCGCCGACCUGGGCGUCAAGGCCACGGCGGCGCAGGUGUCCAGUCAGUGCGCGCCGGGUCAGAUCGAGGGCUUCAUGGCCGUCGUCGAGCGGCAGUGGGAGCAGAAGGGCCGCACCCUGGCGCAGGAGCUGUGCGAGAACCUGCGGCAGCCGAGGGGCAGCGCCCCGACCACCUCCCCGGCGGCGUCGCAGGGCCGCGCCGCAGGCCUCUCGCUGGACGCGGAGCUCGCGGCGGCGCGCGCGGACCUUCCCGAGGGCGUGGCCUUCCUCAGUCUGAGGCGGCUCGCAGAGGUGUGCCGCUGCGUGCAGAGGAAGUACACUCGCAGGCACCUCCACGAGGAUCUUCAGGGGCGCCUACUGUCCACGUGCUGUUGGGUGGUGUACACCAUGCAGGACGUGGAUAUCGACAGACUGUUCGGCUUCCCAGACUGUCCAGUGCUCCCCCCUGGUAUGGAGGAGCCUGCCUUGCGGAACGCCGUAUACAACGAGUACCGUGCACGCUGUAACGGUGGUCGUUGCCCACAGAUGUUCUCCGCAUCGAAUUGGGCGGCCCGCGUUUGCUUCGACAGGUGUGGGGACGUCAGCUCGAAUAUUGAUAGAGACGCGCUCUCUGGAUUGCAGACGUGGGUCAAGUGGCUGUGCUUUCUUGGAGCCUCGGCCAGGGACCUCGAGGUGCCAAUCACGGUCACCAGGGGCCUGUGUGGGCUCCCGGAGCAGCUGGUAAACGACUUCCGGCGCAAGCAGGCAGGGGAUAGCAUCUUCUGGGCGGCCCCUUCCAGCACCACGGACGACGCCAGAGUCUCUGACAGCUAUCGAAGACCAGGAGCCGAGGGAGCGCAACGUUCUCUUCACAAUCUCCGGCGUGGCUCAGGCCUUUCCAAUGUUCGAGCUGAGCCAGUAUCCCAGUGAGCGCGAGUGGCUACUGCCGCCGUUUUGCCAGCUCCGGGUGGACCGUGUGGUCGACGGUGCCCCAGUGCAGGUCGAGUGCACGUUCCUGGGAUGUGUGCUUUCGGGCUCCCUGCGGGAGCGGGUGGUGCAAGACCUCGAGAAGGCUUCCCAGAGCCUCAGCUGGGCGCUGGCGGAGCUGGACGAGGAGCUGGGCACCCUGAGAAAGAAGUUGAGGGAGGCAGAGCCCGCGGCCGUCCCAGGAGUUCCCAGGAGGCUCCGGGAGGAGCUGCUGGAGGCACGCCGGGCGCGCGCGGAGCUGCAGGCAAGCCUGGACGCGGCCACGGCCCAGGCGGAGGGCCAGGCGGCCAGCCUCGAGCGCGCCGCGGGCGCCGGCGUGGGCGCGAAGAGCGCCGCGGCCGAGGUGUCGGGUCAGAGCUCGGCCCAGCAGGUGGGGGUCUUCAUGGCGCUCAUCGCGGAGCAGUGGGGCAGGAAGGAGCGGACGCUGCUGCAGGAGCUGUGCGGGAACCUGCGGCAGCCGAGGGGUGCGCUGGGCGAGCCCGGUGGGCAGAAGCCUGGCGCGGGCGAAGCCCCCGCAGGAUCGGAGGCGUUGUCGCUCAGGACGCUGGCGUCGGUGUGCCGCAGCGUGCAGGAGAGGUACGGCCACAAGCGCCUCCACGAGGAUCUUCAGGGUCACCUGCUGUCGAUAUGCUGCUGGGUCUUGUACACCAUGCAGGACGUGGACAUCGACAGACUGUUCGGCUUCCCAGAUUGUCCAGUCCUCCCCCCCGGCAUGGAGGAGCCUGCCUUGCGGAACGCCGUAUACAACGAGUACCGUGCCCGCUGUAACGGUGGUCGUUGCCCACAGAUGUUCUCCGUAUCGAACUGGGCGGCCCGCGUGUGCUUCGACACGUGCGGGGACGUCAGCUCGAAUAUCGGUAGAGACGCGCUCGCCGGAGUGCAGAUGUGGGUCAAGUGGCUGUGCUUUCUUGGAGCCUCGGCCAGGGACCUUGAGGUGCCAGUCACGGUCACCAGGGGCCUGUGUGGGCUCCCAGAGCAGUUGGUAGACGAUUUCCGGCGCAAGCAGGCAGGGGAUAGCAUUUUCUGGGCGGCCCCUUCCAGCACCACGGACGAUGCCAGAAUCUCUGACAGCUACUGCAACCAGCAGGAGCCACGGGAGCGCAACGUGCUCUUCACCGUCUCCGGCGUGACUCAGGCCUUCCCCAUGUUCGAACUGAGCCAGUACCCCAAGGAGCGCGAGUGGCUCCUGCCGCCCUUCAGCCAGCUCCGGGUGGACCGCGUGGUCGACGGCGCCCCUGUGCGGGUCGAGUGCACGUUCGUGGGCUGCUCCUUGCCGGGCUCUCUGCGCGAGGGGGUGGUGCGCGACUUCAAGCAGGCCUCCCAGGAUCUGGGCAGGGUGCUGGCCGCGAUGGAGGGGGAGCUGAGCGCCCUGAGGCAGCAGCUCGAGCGUGCCAAGCGCAGGUGCACUGUGAGCGCGAAGGCGGUCUUCCGCGUCCACCUCCGGUUCCUGGCGCGGGCCUCCGCGAGCGGCGCGCUGCCCCUGCAGGACCUCCUGGACGACUUCCGCUCCUGGCAGCCGCCGCCGCCGCGCGGGGCGCCCCCCCGCCCCUCGGCGGAGCCGCCGGCCGGCCCGUGCGCGGACGCGGCUCGGGCCGAGGAGAGCGCCGAGGGCGCGGCGCAGGCGGCGCUCGCUGGCGUGCUGGGCGGCGCGCGGCGCUGCGAGGGCGUGCCGGAGCCUCCCGCGGUGGUGCCGGGCUCCGCACUGGACGAGGCCGUGCAGAGGGCGGUGGCCCGCAUCCGGGGCGGCUCUGGCGCGAGGGAGCAGGCCCUGCGGAAGCCCGUGCGGAAGUUCGAGAGGGACGGCUGCACGUUCUGCGAGGUCGUGCUGGGGGAGGGGCCUGCUCGGAGCGAGCGCCUCGGCUUCUCCUUCGCCAGCGGCUCGGCCGAGCUCGCCCGCGGUCUCGACGGUCGCGUCGUCGCGGACCCGACCAGCCAGGGGGUGCUCGUCGUCAGGCGGGUGGCCUCGGGCGGCCUGCUGAACAGGUGGAACCUGGCACACCCCGUGGCCGACGUCGUCGCUGGCGACCGCAUCGUGGAGGUCAAUGGCGUCCACGGGGUGCGCGGCAUGGUCCGCGAGCUGCGCGCACCCGUCGUCAGGAUGCUGGUGGCGCGGUACCCAGAGCGGUUCCAUGUGGAGCUGACGCAGGUGUGCUCGAGCAAUGGCGUUGCGGGUGACGCGAUCCCGGGAUCGGCCUUCUGCGCUGCUCACGGGGCUGCUGGGGAGGACAACGCGGACGCCUACGUCCACGCUUCGACACCGACUGCAGCGGCUUCGAACCUCACCCAGGGUGUCGCGAGCCUCGGCCUUGGCGACUCCGACAUGGUGGAUGCGGAGCUGGCCGCGCUGGACGCCAUCGAGAUCGAUGAUACCGCCAGGAUAGUACCGCCGCCGGGGCUGGCGCCGCAACCGGCGCGGGAGGCGCUCCUGAAGGAGUGGGUCGAGAACGGGUUGCUUCAGCACUUCGAUCUGGUCCAGCCUGCCUCACUCAUGAACUCGGAUACCCAGGGACUCCCUGUGACUAUGCCAGCGUCGUAUGCGGACUUACUGGUCUUGCUGAACAAGCUCGGGUACAACUUUGAACAGAAUGACCAUUGGACCUCACUCGGCUUCGCUAGACUGGAGGGGCCUGACCCGACGGCCGUCGACAUUAUCGCUCGUGGCCGGGCAGCGCUGACCUUGGUAUCUCUUGCUGCUUCCCCGGGUUGGCUCCCAGCGGACGUCCAGAAGGCCAAUGCCUUGCGCGGCCAGGUGACGGCCGCAGUCCAUCGCUGCGAGACAGAACUGACAGCUGUUCUAUCCGAGCGGCGUCGUGUCAAGGCGAGCAAGCUGCCGGUGUACAGGGAGCUCGGGCUCGAGGCGUUGCGGGCCAUCCAGGGGUGCGUGAACUUCCCCAACGUGAGCAUCUACACGCAGCUCUCCGAUGUGCUUCGGGCGAGGAACCCUAUGGUUAAGGACAAGACGGUCGCCAGGGCUGCUGCCGCUCUCGCGGAGAAAGGCAACGACACUUUGUUGGAUCAGCUGAUCGGCCAGACCACCGUCAUGUGGACUCCCAGCGACCACAACGCCCUUACCCAUUCGCUCGUCAUGGUCUCCACGGUCCCCGUCACAAGCGGCCUCACCACCGUCACGAACAUCACCGACCUCUGCUCCUUCCCCCUGCUGUCCGAGACGUGGCUGCCUAUUGUCAAGGACGUUGUCUUUAUCUCUUUCCCCUUCGAGAUGGUGCUCCCUACGGUGUCGGGUUUCCCACGAGUUGGGCGACAGGGAUUGGCCCUCUUUUUCCUCCAGCAGGGUGGCCACCGGAGCAUCCCCCGCAUGCUCGACACGACUCCGUUGUUCCAGGUGGACGAAGUCAAGGCGUUCACGUUCGAUAUAUUGGCGGACUCCUUGCAUCAGUUCUUGGCGCUCACCGCUCUACCCCUGCUUGCGGGUGUGCAGUUCCGAUGCCACCGGCGGAGCCCUCUGAGCACGGCGGAAAUGCCCCGUGUGGCCAUCGACAUGGUCUUCCCAGGCUUCUUCACGGACUUCGAUCUCACCACUUGCGUACAGACGCUCCGUCGCGUCCACCUGCCGACCUCGACAUACUUCGGCUCCAAGGGCCUUGCUGCAGAUGCCGAUUCCUUCAUCUUGGAGUGCAACGGCGAAGGCGUCUUCCACCACUACUGGCCGCUGUGCAGCCAGAUGUCCGUGCUCUCCAAAACGAGGUUCCUGGUCAUCUCCGAGGCUUCGGCGGAGACGUGGACCUCAGUGAUGGACAACGUCUACCAGCAGGAUCCUGGCAACGCCGCGUCCCGCCUCAAGCAUCGCCCCUCGCGAUUCGGCGGCCGGGUGAUUGCGUCCCCAGCUGCGCUUGCCCCCCGGGUUGCUGCGGCAAAACGCCGUGCGGCCAAGGGCUCCUCCCUCGCCGACUACACCGCUGAGGCGAUCCAGGUCGGCCAGGACAUGGUGGGGAUCCAGGUGGCUAAUGACUUCAUCGACCUUGCAGUGGAGUCGGGAAACGACCCGAGGGCGCGGGCCUAG